AUGUGUGGUAUUUUCUUAAGAAUUUCAUAUAUUCAAUCAGAGAUUAGAGAUGAUUAUAAGGAGAUUAUUGAUUUGGUGAAUUCUCGUGGUCCAGAUGGACUUAGAACUAUUGAAAUUGAGUUGAAAAAUAUUAAGCUAGAAAUAAGUUGUUCUGUGCUGAAUUUACGAGGAAAUAAAGGAGCAGUGCUUCAACCUGUUAUUAAUGAUUGUGGAGAUAUACUUUGCUGGAAUGGUGAGGUUUGGGAUGGGUUAGAAAUGGCAUUUUCCGAUAAUGAUACUGUGCAAAUAAUGAAAGCUUUUUCAAAGCCGUUGGCGGAUAUUCUUGAGAUUAUUAGUGAUAUUCGUGGUCCUUAUUCAUUCAUUUAUCUUGAUAAAAAAAAAGAGGAACUAUGGUAUGGGAGAGAUUGUCUUGGAAGAAGGUCGCUUUUGAAGCAUAUUUCAGAAGAAGUAGAUGAUUCUUUUCAUUUCAUGUUAUCUAGUGUUUCUAAUGGGGAGCCAUUAUGGAAAGAGGUCCCUGCAAAUGGUCUUUAUUGUGUUGAUUUGAGUCAACUUUUCAAAAAUAAGUUUGAGGAAAAAAAAAUUCCUUAUGUUUAUGAUUUUGAUCAAUCAAAGGGUUUAUGUUUGAAAUAUCCUUAUCCUUUAAUAAAUACAUCUCUUGAACCUAUCGAAUAUGAAAAACUAGAUAUUUAUGUAAAUGAGUUUUAUCAUAUUUUAAAGCAGGCAUUGUAUGUUAGAACAAUAUCUAUACCUUUAGAGUCUGUAAAUCAACCCCGUUUGGCUAUACUUUAUUCUGGUGGACUUGAUUCAUCUGUUUUAGCAAGGAUAAUUCAUGAAAUAUUGCCUGUAGAUGAGCCUGUGGAUUUAUUGAAUGUAGCUUUUGAAAAUUCUCAUGUUUUUUCUGCACAAAAAAAACAAAAUUCUGAAAAUUUAAAUUUUGGUGGAGCUUAUGAUUGUCCGGAUAGAAUAACAGGAUUGAAUGCAUAUAAAGAGUUGUGUGAAGUAACUAAGAAUGAAAGGCUGUGGAGAUUUAUUCAGAUCAAUGUUCCAUAUUCUGAAGUAAGUUACCACAAAUCAACAAUAGUAAAAUUAAUGCAUCCUAAUGACACUUUUAUGGAUUUGAGUAUUUCAACGGCUUUUUAUUUUGCCUCACGAGGACAUGGAUUAUUAAAAUCCGCAGAUAAUUCUUUAACAACGUAUAAUUCUGUAUCCAAAGUUUUAAUUAGAGCAGAUGAACAAUUAGGGGGAUACUUACAAUACUUAAAAAGAUAUAAAAAUGGUGGGUGGCCUGAAGUAAUUGAUGAGCUUUCUUGCAAUAUUUUAAGAUUAUCAUAUCGUAAUUUAGGUAGAGAUGAUAGGAUUGUAUCUCACCAUGGUAAGGAAAUAAGAUACCCAUAUCUUGAUGAAAAUGUUGUAAAAUUUUUGUGUAAAUUACCUGUGCGAGGAAAAAUGGAUUUCAGCAUACAAAAUGGAGAUAAACUUUUAUUAAGGAAACUUUGUCAAAAACUUGGGUUAAUAUGUACAAGUAAAGAAAAGAAAAGAGCCAUUCAAUUUGGAAGUAGAAGUGCAAAAAUGGAAACAAAUAUUUCUAAAAAGGUUAGUGGAUAUGAUAAAUUUGAAAAAUAA